AUGAGCUAUACCGACAUAUGUGAUAAAUUCGAAGUCAUAGUUGAGCACUUGAAAAAGGGAAGCGAGCAAGUGGUAAACUUAUGUAACUUUUUCAAGCAAUAUAAAAGAUCAUAUGAUAUCUUUGCUCAUUAUUUGUCUAAGGUUGAAAACUCCAUGUCUAUUGAAACUCCAUCUCAAGGAAGCAUUGAUACUUUGUCAAUGGCAUUGCUUUCAACACACUCUCAUAUCAAAAAGCUGAUCCAAAACAAUACUGGAAUAAGUAAACAGAUGCAGUUAGAUAUAAUUGAGCCACUUGAGCUAUUUUCAGAACACUAUGAAAUGACCAAAUCAGAAAUCUUAGGGAAAGGAACAUCUAUCAAUCAAGAACUGCAGAAAGCCAAAGAAAAAGUAGCCAGAUUUCAGAAAAAAUACUACAACGCUUCGUUAGCUGCUGAAAAAUAUGAAUCUGCUAAACAAGCUGAAGACUCUCGAGACAGUAAGUUUCUCAGCAAGUCUUUUUAUGCUACUCAAUCAGAAAAGUGACUAGAAAAAUACUUGCAGUCCUUAGAAGAUGCGAACCUGAAAAAAGAAAAAUUCGACUCAAUAAUGCCAGGAUUAUUAGAAACUCUUCAGCAAAGUGAAGAAAGCAGAAUUCAUUUUUUAAAAUAUUCAUUGGAAAAAUACACAAAGCAAUUCCAAAAAUAUGAAACUCAAGGUGCAGGAACACUUGAAGAGCUUGCGACUGUAAUCGAUAAUGUGAAUAGCAGCAUUGAUGUCAUCAUUUUUGUAGAUAUUAAUAAGUCAAAUGAAGCGGAAAAUAAAAGAAUGAGGUUUGUAAGCUAUGAAGAGUGGAAAAUGGAAAAUAAGAAGCCGAAUUGGGAAUUUAGAGAAGAUGAUUAUGAAGUCAUGGAGCAUCCAGAUGAAGAUUAGAUUAAAAUUAACUCUAAUCUGCUACUGAGAUUGAUUUCAGCCCCUACCCCUUUAAGAGUUAGCUUCACACUCAGGUGGCGCUAGACACUAAAUCUAACUAAUGCCCUUUAUGUCGAUGCCACCAAAAAUGGUGACAUCAGAAAGUCUGCUGGGGAGACUUACCCGCUAAGGUCUUGAUCCUUUAUCAACAUUUAAGGACUGCCUACCAUUAGCAGUGCUUGAGGUAUUGCUGAAUCGUCCUAAAUCUCCUUCUUGGCCCUGCCUUAGCCCUAUUGCAGACUAAGGAUUGCCUUCCAAGAAGUAAGGAAGGAUACUGUGUCUCGGUCUAUCGUUUGUGGAUCGAGGAAAAAGGUUUUAGCACCCAAAAACCCACCCCAGAAACAGUCGCCAAUGAUAUCCUCCUUCCUCGGCCUGGGCCCACUCACAGGAGACCAGGGACCUAAUUUCGUUCGCCAUUUUAGCAAUUUCUAUCCAUAUGAAGAAGAUAAUGAUUUAGAACUGAUUAAAGGAGUGAUUAAUUAUUUGAUACCAUUUCAAAUUGGGCUUGAAGAAACAAAAUCUACGUUAGGAGGGCCUGAAGAAGAGGAAAAAUUGGAUGAAAAUUAUCAUGUCAAGUUGUGCCAAGUUUUAAGCAGCCCUGAUGGAAGAAGACUAUUUCUUGACAUUUUAGAGUCAAGAAACAGCUUAAAUUGUAUGAACGACAACAAAUUAAAAGAACUCAGCAUGUUUUUCAAAGAAACCUUCAAUUUCAUUAUGAUGGACAAUGAUACUGACCCAAUGCUUUUCUGCAAAAUUCUUGACAUGUCACACACUUUUUAUUCUGAAGAUAAGGAAGGCAAAAGGAAAUAUUUGGCUAAUUAUAUUCAUCAUCCUAUGCUGGAAAAUAAAAAUUUGUGGUUUAAAGCUAUAGAUUUUGCAAUUUUGUGCCAAAUCGAUGCAGAUAAAGAAGCUGCAGUUAAAAAUAAACGAAAGCCUAAAAGUGAAGGGUUUUUUGGGUCGAUAAUAAAGCAGAUCACAAAUACGAUCCCACAUGGAUUUAUUAAAGAUCCAGAAGAAGAAAGAGCAGCAAGGUCAGCAGCAUUUGCAGUUUUAAGUGAAUUUUGUGUGUAUAUCAAUUUGAUUGGAGUUUCCAUAGAAUUAGCUAAUCAAAUCAUAUUGAAAAUCUGCCAAAAAUAUGAUUUGGACUCUGAACGAAUUUGCAUAUUACUUGCAGAAAUCCAAACGAACCAAAAAUUCAACUCAAAAAGAGUGUCUUCUAGCCUCUUUAAGAGAGAAAAAGAAAUCAGGAAAUGGGAAAGUCUAUUGCCUAUUGCGCUAUCUUUUAAGUAUCUUGGACCAUUAGAUUUCAUUCCAAUUUUGCAAGUUUCUAAGCAUUGGAAAAAAAUGUUUCAGCAUCAUAUUUAUAAGAGAUGACUAUUAGAUUCUAAUUUUUCUGAUAAGCAGUUAGCAGCUUUAAGAUCAAAAAUCUGGGUUGAAUCAUUAAGAGCUAACACAAACCUUAUUGAUUAUAUAGCUCUCCUCAACAAAGUUGCAGCAGACACAGAAAUCAUAGGAGACUCUAAUGACAUCAUUGAAAUGGACGUUUCAAGAUCAUAUCAGAACAGCUCAUUAAUUUCUCCGCAGGCUCUUACAAAUCUGCUUAAAACUUAUGCUUUUUAUAAUCCUGAUAUUGGCUACUGUCAGGGUAUGAACUAUAUUGCUGGGACUCUUUAUAUCCAGCUUCAAUCAGAAGAAACAGCUUUUAAAUGCUUGAUUGGGCUUAUUGAGAAAUUUCAAAUGUCUAGUUUAUUAUACAAAAAUAAAAUGGCAAGACUAUCGACCUGUCCUCUCCAGGACUUGUUUCAAGUUUCGGGAUCUUGUUUCGGCCUGAAGCCAAACUGAGGACGCUGAAUCUACAGAUACUGGGCAUUGUGAUCCGGCUAGAUUUUGCUUCCCGUUGGACAUUUGGGAAAAAAAGGCGUUUUUUACCCCUUAGAGGCCACUAGUGCAGACAAUGGCAGUAUAGUUAGUACCGAUAUUAGCUAUGGAGUUUAUCCUAGCUGGAACUUUAGUCACUUAAUUAGCCGUCAAGUCUCAAACCUGCAUACUCCAAGGUUCCGAGACAGUAUUAAGAGCCAGGCCGAAAUUCAGAGGAGAGCUAUCUCUAUGGAAAUGCUGACAUACCCAUGAGGUUCUCUAGUAGCUGAGCGAGUCUUCUACGAAGACUCGAGGAAGAAACCUAAUCUAUAAUUAAUAUUAAUUCUAGUUUAUUCAUAGAGAAUCUUCCAAAAUUAAAGCAAUUUUUCUAUCAACUUGACAGACUUAUUGGUCUUUUCAUGCCAGAUGUCCAAGAGCUCUUCAAAGACAUAGAAAUUUCUUCAGCACAUUUCAGCUCUUCUUGGUUCCUAACAAUUUUUGCUAAUAUUUUGCAAUCACAGCCAGCAAUUUUAAUUCCCAUAUGGGAUAUGUUUAUUUUAGAAGGGUGGAAAGCUGUUUUUAGGGUCUGUAUAGCCAUUAUUGAAAGGGUGUCAAAGGUAUUUAUUGGGGUCAGAUUCGAAGAUGUAAUGAUGGUUUUAAGCACAAUUCAUAUGCCAAAUUCACCUGUCACAGUUUUUGAUGAUACUUUUAUAGUUAGUGUAAAAAGUAUCAAAAUUUCAUCAAGGCUAUUGAGGGACUUAGAAACUGAAUAUAAACAUUUGAAACUCAAAGCAGGCCAUAAAAAUUAA